GCAACAUCGGGUUUACGAGGAAGUCGUUCCCUUUGGAUUGCCCAACGAUUGACGGAUGUUAUUGACGCCAUGUCGCGCACCAAGGAAGCCAUUAUGAUCGUGUUGGACGCAAGCGUUGCAAUGAGAAGUCCUCUUGGGGAAAUCACUCGAAAAGUGGAUGUUGGUAGCCGGUUUGAUGCCGCAAAGAAAGCUAUCCAAGGCAUCGUUAACCAAUUGUUGUUGUUUCGAAAGAACGACGAAGUGGGGAUUGUCAUGUACGGGACCGAAGGGACUGACAACCAGCUGAACUCUGACGAUGGCAACAACUACAAAAACGUGACAGUCCUGAGCUCAAUUGCUCCUGUGACAUUCGAUCUGGCGAAGCAGCUCCAAGCCAUGGAAGCGGCAUCUGUAGAGACACCUGCAGACGUUCUUGACGGAAUCAUCGUUGCCCUUGACUUGGUCAUUCGUCGCACAGACAACAAAAAGUACGACAAACGCCUCGUCGUGAUCACGGACGCCGCCACUCCCAUAAACAACCCGUCAGACAUGGAGGUCGUGUGCACGAUGAUGCAAAACCUCGAAGUACACCUUCAAAUCAUUGGCAUCGACUUUGGAUUGGAUACGAAGCAUGAACAGCCUGACGGGGUAAAGGAUGAAGCUGUAGCCGCAUCAUUCAUCAAGUCGGAGAAUGAAAAGAUGCUGCAUUCGAUUGCGACGGAAGUCCAAGGAGAAGUCCAGUCCGUGUCGAAACGGAUGGAUUUCCUCGCCCAAAGCAAACUCAAACCCGUGCUUCAAACGACGAAAAUGCGCGGGAACUUAGAAUUUGGCGAAAACCUUUUCAUUCCUGUGUACGUAUUUGGCAAAGUUCUGGAAGCGACGAUCCCGUCGCUACAAAAAGAAUCGCAAGUCGCAAAGAAGAGUUCCACGUUUGCCGAGGACGACGUGCCAGGAAAAGUUCGCAUGGAGCGCAGCUACUUUGCCACGGCCCAACCCGACGACGAGGUGCCGCCGGAGCGACGCAUCAAAGCGUACAAGUACGGUUCAGAAAUGAUUCCUUGUUCGACAGCCGAUCAAGCAGCGUUGAAGCUCCUCACGACGCGCGGGCUGAAGGUACUUGGAUUUGUGGACAAGUCGCAAUGGAAACAUGGUCUGGGCAUGACGGGAACGGAUGCUGUGUUCGGCGACUUUACCAAGCCGAAAGCGCAGGAAGCGCUGCAUGCGCUCAGCACUGCCAUGCACAAUGAAGGCAAGUUUGCCUUAGCUCGGUUUGUGCGAGCUGCCAAUGCAGCCCCAAAAAUAGUGGUGCUCUUUCCCAAUGUCGAAGAGCCUCGACUGCACUGCUUAUGGAUGCAGCAAUUGCCGUUCGAAGAAGAUCUUCGUCCGUAUGAGUUUCCAUCCCUUGUGACAAGCCCAAAAAUUCAGCCCACAGCAGAGCAAUUCGCGGCUGCCGACGCGUUGGUCGACCAGCUCAGUCGUCCUGCGUCUACGUUGCAUGCAUUCAACCCUGCGCUUCAACGCUUGUACGAUACGAUUGCCCAGCGCGCGAUGGACCCAAACGCUCCCUUGGCGCCGCUACCUCCAUUUGUUGAACGGUAUCUGCGGGAAGACCGCUCGCUGUUUGAACCAGCGUUACCUGCCAUCCAAGCAUUUGACAGGGCGUUUCAGCUGAAAGAAGCUGCAACAGCCAAGGAUAACAAGAAGAAAUCGUUUUGGAGCGAUAUCAAAGGCGAUGCGAAAGUGGCUGCUGCUGCAAAGAGAGGGACCGAUAUAUCUGCGAUUCCGGCGGAGUCCAACGACGGCGGUGGGGAUGACGAUGGCGACUUGGACUUGGAUGAAUUGCUGGGCGAAGACGUGACGGAGGUCGGGUCGAUGAACCCUAUUUCGGACUUUGAAGCACUUCUUUCCACCAAACAGUUGGCCAAAUCGCAGCUCGCGGUUUUGGGGAUGGAGCUGCAAAUCUUGGAAUUUUUUCGCCAAGACGCGGUGGGGUACCAUUCCAAGGGCCUCGAGUGCUUGCGUUACUUUCGCCGGCGAAGCCCAGAGAUUCACCGGACGACGUUGUUCAACGAGUUUUUGCACCGGUUGAAAAGUGAGUUUGCUCCAGGGGACGCUCCUGUAUGGCAGCUGCUUGUACAGCAUCACGUAACACUUUUGAGUACGCGUGACGACCCGUCAUGCGACAUAAGCCCCCAAGCGGCCGAGAACUUUUUGCAGCCAGAAGACAAAGUCAAGCAGGUAGUCGCCGCCGCUGCCCCUGCCGCCGCCGAAGACGACGAACAGGAUCUAUUUGCAGACCUGGAGUAAAAGAAUCGAGAAUGCAUUAAACGCCAGCUUCCGCGCUCGACGAGUUUACAAAAUGGAGUGCAUGGAAAGUAGGGGUUGCUCUGUAAUACCAUUUACGCAAAAUUGCACGGGUUGUGCGCACCGCA